AUGACUGGGUAUUCCUGCAAGCAGGCCCCUCUCCAGCCCUCGUCUUCAUACAGUACAUUUAAAGUAGCAGUAACCUCUUUUUCCUCCCCCCGCAGCCGGGCUGGAAACAUUAGAAGGGACCGAGGCAGCGAGAUGUCUAAAAUAGGAAGACGCCGGGAAGAUUGGCCUGGCUGCCGGCGACGCUGGCUGCGGGGAUCUGGCCCGGCUGUGCAGACGGAAAAGCUAAGAGACAUUUCCUGCAGUGUGGGGGGUGCAGAAUUGACUCAUCCAUCCAUUCAGUUAGUCAUUAACUUUUUCCUGAGCAUCUACUCCACGCCAGACACCGUGCCUGGAGCCGGGUUUCCAGCGGGGAACAAGGCGCAGGGCCUCACCUCACGGAGCUCACGGGCCGGACUGAGCCGGGGAGCCAGAAGCCUACAAGAAGAAUUGAAACCCAGGGAUCUGAAAGCUGGAAGAGUGUACGUACAAGGAGCCAUCUGGUCAGCAGAAUCAGGAAAGCCUUUGCAGAGGAGGGGCCAGCCCAACUGGACGGUGAGGGAUGAAGAGGAGUUCGCCAAGGCAGAUGCAAGGGCUGAAUCCUGCUGUUAAAGCCUAAAUGGAGCCCCUGGGGAGCCCACAGCGUCCAGCUCCUCCCGGGUCUCUGAGCUGACCCAGAAUAGCCCGUUUCUAGAACACAAACAGAUGGAGGCCAGGGGUCCGUCCUGGAGCAUCCUGGCUGGGUUUCUCGGGCGAGGACAGCUAAGCCGAGCGGGUCCAAAUCCCAGCUCCCCAUUUACCAGCAAGUGACUCCACUUCUCAGUGCUUUUGUUUCCUCAUCUGUAAUUGUAGGAUAAGGACGGUCCCAGGUCCCCAGAGGGCCGGCAGGAGAACCGAGUUAAUGCAGAUGGAACUUACAGCACUCUUCCCUCCUCCUCUCCUCUCUCCCUCCGCUUUCUCCCCUCCUUCCCCCUCUCCCUUUCCCCUCCCUCCUCCCAGACCCCUCCCUCCCUCUCUCCUUCCCCCACAGCCCCACUGGACUGCCUUUUCUAAGAGACCUCUAUGGCUGUGUCACCAGGAGGCCUAGACCGAGAUUCCCCUACAGCCUCACCCCUUCUUUAUUAAGGUCUCUGGUCAAAUGCCGACUCCCUGACCGCCUUCUCUAAGAUAUCCUGCCCCGCCCCCUCCUCAUCACUCUAUAUGCACCCCUGCCCUCCCCCACACCUGAGUUUUCUUCCUGGCCCUUAGCAUACCGUGUGACAUUAUAUUAUAUAUUUAUUUGUGUAUUGUCUUCUGCCCUGGCUUCCAUGCGACCUCCAUGCCGUACCCCCAGCACCUGGAACAGUGCCCAGUGCAGUGGACCCCCAAUAACUAUGCGCGGAAUGAAAUAUUUGUGGAAGAACUAA